GUCGCUGGCUCGUGAGCUAGAACAGAGAAGGGCGCGGACCCAGCCUGAGAUGGCUGAUUCUGACCCUGGAGAAAGAAAGUAUGAUAACAUGCUGAAAAUGCUGUCAAACCUGAAUAAGGACCUGGAAAAACUAUUGGAAGAGAUGGAAAAAAUCUCAGUGCAAGCAACCUGGAUGGCAUAUGACAUGGUGGUCAUGCGGACCAACCCCACAUUGGCUGAGUCCAUGCGCCGGCUGGAGGAUGCCUUCCUCAACUGCAAGGAGGAGAUGGAGAAGAAUUGGCAAGAACUACUUACUGAGACCAAGCGCAAGCAGUAGACCCUGCAGCCCACCCAUACCCACCGUCUCUCACCAGCCAAUUGCAGAAGCCAGGGAACAGAACCAGUAACCCAUACAUGUAGCU